CAGACCUUGGCGUAGCUGGCACGGCGAGCGGCGCCCUCGUCCCUGUGGUCGCUGUAGUCUCGGUGAGAACAUGACCGUGGGGAGGUCAGCUGCAGCCCGCGAAUGCGGAGAACGAGGCAUCCAGAUGUUCUACCCCAAAGCAUCCUCAGACACAGAGACAGAGGAAGAACCACAUGAGAAUGGAAUUGUCUUGCACAGGGCAGGAAAACUGGAGGAUUUCCUCUAUGAAGAAACUGAGACGAACUUGACUACCUCUGACUCAGAUGAAUAUUUAUACAGGAUUUUGCAGGCACAGAAGAAAAAAACCAGACGCUGUUCAUCGAGACAAAACUCAGCCUAUCAGGCAAAGCCGGGAGAUGAGUCCUCUAUAGAAGACAAAGAACUAGAGCGUUUUUUCCAAGACAGUAACAGACGGAGACCACAGGCCAAGUUUCAUCAGUCUUUUAUAUCUGACAAGCCAAAACGGUCCAGCUCCUUGAGUGACCUUACACAAGAAAGCCUGUAUGAUCAAGCAAGAUACUACUCAGCUUCUGGCCCCUGCCCACCACACAGGAGUACCCUGGCCUGGGUCUCCUCUGUCACUAGCCCAGAGCCCUUUCAGAUGACACUUCGGGAGGCACAUAAGAAGUCCAGGUGCCUGCCAUCCUGUGCCUCAUUUGAACAUAGAAGACAGAGAGCAGUGAAGCAGGACCAGGAGGAGGCCGAGUGCCAAAAGAAGUUCCAGGCUCAGCCAGUGCCUGCUCACGUCCAUCUGCCCCUUUAUCAGGAGAUCAUGGAACGGAAUGAGGCCCGCAGGCGAGCCGGGAUCCAGAAAAGGAAAGAACUGCUCCUGUCUUCCCUCAGACCCUUCAGCUUCCUGGAGAAAGAAGAGCAAAAAAGGGAAGCCACUCGACAGAUGGGCUCAGCAGCAGUGACUCAAGCGAAGAAGACUUCAAAGCAAAGAGCCACCAAGAAGAUUCCCAAGUCAGUCUUGGAGCCAGCCCUGGGUGACAAGCUCAAAGAAGCUGAACUGUGCAGGAAGCUCCGAAUACAGAGAAGAGCCGCAGAUCUCCUGCAGACAGCCUCAUCCCCCAUCACUUCUGAUAGAUACACUGAUCCAAAGUCUCGAAUAUCCACUCGCACACGUCAAGAAAAACUCAGUUUCCUGCAGAGAGACUUUGAUUUCCAACCAAGGGUGAAUCCCAGUGUCCCUGACUUUAAGGGCCUUUACAGGGCCUUCCAAAAAGAAGCUGCCCAAAAAAUAGAGACACGAGAGGCAACACGAAACAAGCCAUUCCAACUGAGAACUGCUAAUCUCCACCACCGACAGAGGCCCAGCAAGGAGUCAACUGAACCAAAGAAUGCUCCACAAUCACCCAUGGUUCCAUUACAAAGAAGUCGUUCUCUGAGCGGUCUUGCCUCCCUCUCCCCUAACACCCUUCCUGUACACAUCACAGAUGCCACCAGGAAAAGGGAAUCUGCUAUCAGAAGCUCUCUUGAAGAAAAGAAGGAUAAAGAGAAUGAAAGUGCCCGCUGGUUGGAGCAACAUAGGAAGAAAUGUCAAGCUAUGUAUAAAUCUGUGAGCUCACGAGCAAAAGCCAUGGAUCCCCAUAAAAGCUUAAAGGAGACUUACAAAGCAAAACUGAAAGAGAAUUGGCUCAAUGACCAAAAGAGAACAAAAGAGUAUAAGAGAGAACUGGAGGAAAUGAAGAGGAGAGUCCAGAAUAGACCCUACCUCUUUGAACAAGUGACCCAGAUUUGUGCCAGAAAAGAGGCAGAGCGCAGAUACCGAGACAUAUUACGGAAGGUUGGUUUGGACGAGGACUUUGUGAGAAACAAAGGACAAGAUGCUCUUGACUUGGAAUGGAGUGAAGAAGACAAGGAAGGAAGUGAUUCCCUCAGAUACCUUGAGAAUGGCUCCCUCAAAGAAGUCUUCUGUGUAUACUUAUUUGGUCCAGGCCAGCUGGGGUUUUUUUCCCCUACAUCUUUCUGAAGUUCCACUUCCUCUGUAAGCAUAAUGUAACUUUAGAUAGGCCUGUGAUGUUAGAGUUAAUAAGUGGCUCCACUGUCCCUGACAGUGGAAAGUAUUUGUUAGGAAAGUAUUUGUUAGGAGAAAGCUUUUCUCCAGCUUUUCGCUUUUGUUGCCCUCUUUCAUUCUUAAAUGCCCUUGGGAAAACUUUGCUUAGUUGGCUCUCUUUAACUCAGUUUUCUAUAUUGAGUACAAGACCCUUGGGCUGGUAGGGAGGAAGUAACCACUUUUUUCAGUGAAAACAAAGUUUGAGUCAAAUUCAGAAGCCAAGAGUAACAGCAAAUUUGUCCUAAAUGACUGAAUACAGUGCAGUGAUCAUUAAAUUCUUCAUGCAUAAAUCAGGUAAAGUCAGAGUUAUUGCAUGUUGACAGCACUGUCGGUGUAGACUUGCAACACAGUUGAGUUCUGUUUUCAUACUGUUUGCUUCACUUAAAUAUAGAGUAUGUAAAAUUGAACUUUAAUGGCCUUUAUGUGAAAAUCAAACAUACCAUAAUAGCAAUUAUAUUUCUCACCAUUCAUUCCAGCAAGUAAGCUGGUUUCUAAAAACAAAAAUAAAAUCCCAAGCCUCUGCGACUUAAAAACAAAUUGAGGGGGCAACUAGGUGGUGCAGUAGAUAGAGCACCGGCCCUGGAUUCAGAAGUACCUGAGUUCACAUCCGGCCUCAGACACUUGACACUUACUAGCUGUGUGACCCUAGACAAGUCACUUAACCCCAAUUGCCUCACCAAAAAAACCAAACAAAUUGAAAUAACUCAAGAAUGGUUAUAAUCAUUUGAAAAAUUCAGUAUUUAAAUCUAUCCAUUUUUAUUGUCUUUAAUUUUUGAUGUGUAAACAUCCCUUCGUGAUGAAUAAAUACAUAACCAAUUUGAAGGGAAAAUCUGCUAGAGCAGCUGAAACUAGUAUGAGCAAGUACAUCAGAGACAAAUAGUCAAAAUACAGAAAAACAAAGUAAAAACUUAAAUUCAGAAAAUCUAACCCACAGUCCUUAUCAUUGGUAUUCACAAGUACUGUUACUAAUGGAGAAGAACACUAUUUGCUUUGCAUGUUUUAGCUACAAAGUGAAUGAAACCUAAUAAACUGAUAUAUCUUGAAAAUGUAUAUACAAAAGUAUAUUAGCAAGAUUAUUUAAAAUUUUUUAUUUAUUAAAAGCAUCUAGUUUUUUUUCUGGAAAAAUAAACAAACUUUUUAAAAAACAAAUGAAGUUGCUUCCUGAGUUGGAUAGUAUAAAAACACUUCCUUCAGGAGGAGAAAUAUUGGUACUACCUGAAGCUGUUGAAAUAUUUGGCACAUUAUAUGCUCAACAGCUUUGAAAUGGUUCUUCUUGCAGAAAAUAUGGUCGAAAAAAUUGACCCAAGUUUUGAAGACCUUUGUGAUCAAACAUUUGAGAAACCAAAGGCUUUCUAUUUUGCAUUGGAAGUGGAUGAAGUAAAGCAUGUAGUUAAGGAAGUCAUUUGGUUGGACAUAUAUAAAAUACAGUUUCCCAAAUGUUUUAGAGCAGUUUAAAACUAAUAAGAGCUUAAAACUGCACUGAGACACUUUUGGGGCACCCAAAAUUAUUGCCACUGAUAUUAGGGAAGAUUUGUUACUUUACAAACCCAUGGAUAGCACUGUCACCACAAGAUAAAUUUUCAAUAUAACUGUGUUUUUAAUUGGGAAAAAAAAGAUGUCAACUUGGGAAAUAUUAGAAGGCAUUCAACCGAUCUCAUGUACUAGUUAGAGAUGUGCUGCCCCCAUACACCAGGAAUUUGGACAUAAUGUAUGCUACAGUUUUCCAAGUGGUUAUGAAUAACUUCACAAAGGGUACAGCAAAAGGAUGUCUUUUUGCAAAAUCAUGUGACAACAUGAAAUCAGACAAUAGGUCACUUAUAUGUUGUAUAUGUAAUGUUUUUUAUUACAAAGUACUUAGCAGAA